UUUCUUUUUUUGCUCAAGGACCACAUCAUAUUAUGCUUGUCUCUGGGAGUUUUCUUCAAAAAAUACAAUAAAAUAAAUAGGGGUUAACAUCAGACUGUCUGUGUCUCAUCAGCUGGCAAAGCGUGUUGGAUGACAGACAGACAGACAGACAGACAGACAGACAGACAGACAGACAGACAGAUAGAUAGAUAGAUAGAUAGAUAGAUAGAUAGAUAGAUAGAUAGAUAUUCUUUUUUUGAUCAAGGACCACAUCAUAUUAUGCUUGUCUCUGGGAGCUUUCCUCAAAAAAAAAAUAAAUAAAUAAAUAAAUAGGGUUUAACAUCAGACUGAUUCUACUCCAAAACUGUCUGUGCCCCAUCAGCUGGCAAAGCGUGUUGAAUGACGUCAGUUGGGAGGCGGAGCUCCGGACGGUGACACGUCACUAAACAAGCGGAGACGUCGUCUUGUCCUCGAGGCGUUCGGGAAAAGAGGCUUUUUUGUCUUGAGCGCUUUCUCUCCUCCGUGAGCAGCCCGUUGUUCGUGUGGAAGUAACAGGCGAUAGAAGAUACCAGGCCAGGCGGCGUUUUCAUCAGCAAUGCGGAUUGCAACGCUGAUCUCUCUUGCCAGGCCGAUCGGCCCGGUGGUGGUAGGCAUCUCUCUGGGCUUUACCCUCAGCCUGCUCAGCGUCACAUGGGUGGACGAGAGCUGCGGUUACGGCGCCGUCGCCGUGACCGAGGAGGCGCCCGUGGCUGCGCCGGGAGGUGCGAAGGGAGCGCGCAAACCGAGCUCGAUCGCGACGGGCAACGCCGAGGAGGACGACUUUCAGCCGAAAAUAGUGCCGUAUAACAAACCCGCCCAGCAAGGUCCUCCGAAAAAAGUUUUCAGAGCCAAGUAUGCUAGCACGGAGCUGGGUAUUCAUGAGCGUCUCUUCGUAGCAGUCAUGACGUCCAAAAACAACUUGAACACGUUAGCCGUGGCGGUUAACAGGACCCUGAGUCACCACCUGGAUGGCCGGCUUAUCUUUUUUACCGGCUCUCACAACCGUAAAGUGCCUCACGGGAUGUUUGUAGUGGCCCACGGACAUGAGCUUCCUGUACCCAACAUGUUCCAGACAGUGCAAUACCUCCUGGAGCACCAUGUCGCAGACUAUGACUGGUUCUACAUACUUGAGGACGACACUUACAUCCAGCCGGACAGACUGAAGACACUGGUGGGCCACUUGAGCAUGGAGCUCCAGUUGUACAUGGGUCAGCCUGGGGAGUUUAUUGGAGGUGAAGUUCAGGGACGGUAUUGUCGUGGAGGCUCCGGUUUCCUUUUGUCCAGGUCUUUAUUGCUGAAGAUUAAACCCUUUUUGGAGCGUUGCCGCACGGACAUUGUCAGUAUCCGUCCUGACGAGUGGCUGGGUCGGUGCAUCAUCGAUUAUGCUGGCAUUAGCUGUGUGAAGGAGCACGAGGGUCUUCUUUAUAAUUACUUUGAGAUGAAAAAUAGCAUGGACCUAAAUGGAGACGAAAGCCCCGACUUCCAAGACGCGCUCUCGGUUUACCCAGUGAGCAGCCCGGAUCAGAUGUAUCGCUUGCACAGAUACUUCACUGAACGAGAGCUAGAAAAAACCCAUGAAGAGAUCAAGAAACUUCAGGAGGAGAUAAAGAAUAUCAGCCACUUGGCUGUUGAUGGGAACAGAACCACAGCGUGGCCUAUUGGGGUCGCGCCUCCCUUCGAGCCCAAAACUCGAUUUGAGGUGCUGCGCUGGGACUAUUUCACGGAGGAGCAGCUGUUCUCCUGUGCAGAUGGCGCGCCGAAGUGCCAGCUGAGUGGCGCUGACCGUGCCGACGUGAACGACGUCAUCAAGGUCGCUGUGGAUGAGCUGAAUAAGAAAUACUCACCUGUACUGCAGCUGAGCACCCCACAGUUAAUCAAUGGCUACCGGCGCUUUGAUCCGACCCGCGGCAUGGAGUACACACUUGACCUCCAGCUCCGGGCUGAGACUGAAUCGGGCUCGGGGCAAUUGGUGUCACGGCGUGUCCAUUUGCUGCGGCCGUUAAGUCGAGUCGAGAUCAUCCCCAUGCCGUAUGUGACUGAAGGCACAAGGGUGCACGUUUUGCUGCCUCUAACUAGUGCGGACCAAAACGCAGCUGUUCGAUUCCUGGAUCGCUGCGCAUCGGGUCUGUUUGAGCCAGCUGAAAAUGCAAUACUCAGCUUUCUCUUCCUGUAUGACCCUGCAGAAGCGCAGAAAGUUGGCACUGCCGAUGUUUUUGCAGACGUCAAGGCAAAAGUGACCGCAACAGAACGCCGCUUUCCUAAUGUCAAAGUGCCAUGGAUAAGCGUUAAGACGGAGAACCCGGGUCUUCUCCGUGUGCUGGACGUGGUCUCGAGGAAGCAUCCGGCAGACACUUUGUUCUUGCUGGCUACUGCCGACACGGCGAUUAACUCGGAAUUCCUGAAUCGCUGCCGUAUGAAUGCUAUAAGUGGCUGGCAGGUUUUCUUCCCCGUUCAUUUCCAAGACUUCAACCCGAAAGUGGCAUAUCCAGACGAGGAUCCGCCCGCGGCUACGGAUUUAGUGCGCGAGGCGGGCCACUUCGACCGCUAUUUUUAUGGAGAGGCGUGCUUCUACAACGGAGACUACAUGUCCGCUCGGUCACGCAUGGAGGCCGAUGCACGCGAGGACGAGGACCUGCUGGAGAGCCUGGAUACCUACGACGUGUUCGUGCGCUAUUCGGGCCUGCACGUGUUCCGUGCUGUGGAGCCUGCGCUGCGCCAGGAAUACAGGAAUCACACGUGUGACGCGCGGCUAAGCGAGGACUCCUUUCACCGUUGCCUCCAGAGCAAGCGGGAAAGCAUGGGCUCCCGGUCGCAGCUCGCCAUGCUCAUGUUCAAACAAGAGCAAGGCAACAGCACCUGAGCUGUUUCACGAGUGGCAAAAGCAGGACGCGGAGACUGGCGACACGCUAGCACGGUCUGUCCUGCGAGAUUUCCUGCAACGCAUUUGAAAGAACACGCGAACCUGAAGAUGCUAGGCAUCCUCUAAAUAAGCCACCAUGCCAUAACUGAGCUAACUUGCAGACUGGAAACCUGCAUUUGAUGGAACUUUUUUCCAGAGUCUGUAGAGGUUCUGACUGAUAAACAUCUCCACGGUGGCCCUAAAGCAAUAAGUAUCAUUGGGAGGUGGUUAAUUGCGUUUACAGCAAAUCUAGAGACCUCAGUAAGGGUGGAAACGCUCUAGUUCAUCAGCCACCUCCAAGAAUCUCCACAUGUUCACAAUGUAUUUCUCUCCCACAUUUCCUUUUUAAGCUUGCGGUGUUCUUUUUUUUUUUGGAGGGGGGGCAAAAACCAGUUCUGUGUAGCCUCUGUGCCUUUCAUCACGGUACGAUGUAUUUCAUGACUUGUAAAGAAACUGGAAAAACGUGUGAGUACUGUACAUUUUUCUUUUUUUUUUUUUUUUAAAGUUGUGUUGCAUUUGCCUAAAUCAUAUUGCUAGAGAAAACAAGGAACCCAAAUGAUCAGUGCUUUAAAAGGGUGUGUGGGGGUGUGUGUGUGUGUUAUUCUUCUUAUUAUUAUUUUUUCAAAUCGGCCUGACGAUGACCUCUGUGGUACCAAUAUGCUGUUGAAUGAGAUUAUUAUUAUUAUUAUUUAUAACAUGUAGUGCAGUAUUCAUUCAAAUUACCUAUAUCUUAAUAUAUAUAUAUAUAUAUAUAUAGCAUGUAGCUGCUACAGCUGGGUGGCCCUGCUGCUGCUGCACACUGGACAUGCCGCUGGGGUUGACAGCUGGCGGUCACAUGAAACAAAUGAUCCGAGUCUAAUACACAGAUUUAGCAAUAUGCUACACUACCAGAAAAGCUAAACAUUUAUAGACGACACGACGCAUCCUUUUUCCUGAGGUAAUUUGCCUUCGCUGAGUGCGUGACGACCGCGAGCUGAAUUUAUUUUCCAACUCGGACUCUCCUACUUCCCUCAACAGAGCAUUCAUGUGACCUGCCACCAGCUAGUAAAUGAACACUCACUGUACACUGUCUACAGAAACUGGAGUUAAAGAGUUGUUUAUGGUGGAUAUGAUGAAAAGAGGACGAAAAAUCAGUUCGAUCCAAGAACAUUUCCGUUAUGAAGGUAUCGCCCUGUAUGUAGCGAUUUCACCUAGAAAUGGAAACACAGACAAGCGCUGUAACCUUCAAUUACAACCCGUUUUAAUUACGGUUCGGGCGCGAGCGCCGCCGCCAUGUCGAGGCGACCUCAAAGAAACGCAACUCUUGUUUCUGUCUCGAAAAAGGAGGACCUUUUUAAACGAGUUUACUUGUUCACAAACACGGCAUAAUUGCCAAACUUCAACCUGGAAAAACCAAGAUACUGUCUCUAGUUGGAAUUUGUACUAAUUAGUUGCUUUAAAUGGGUUUAUCGUAGCAGGUACUUUUACAACCAUGAACAUGGACACCAUUAGUUGUUUCACUUUUCUAUUAAUCAAAAAUGUAUAUCAAAUUUAAUACACCUCUAAUAAUUACUUACGGUCGAUGGAUAACCGAGUGCUUGUUGUUUUUUUCAGCAAAUGAAAUCACCAAAUCUGAAAAUGGCAGUCACUGUAUUUAGUUGUAGGACAGGGGAAUUGGGACAUAUUCUCAUUUGAAGCAAACAUUUCGAAGGAAACGAAUGAAUUCCAGCAUUGAGUUUGCAUUUUUGUAAUGAUGGGCAGAUCCAAUAUAAACAGCAUUGUGCAAUCGAGCCUGUAAUGUCAACGUAGAUGAACAAAUGUAUCCGUUUAUUACGUUUUUAGGUCCAGUUAUGUACCUUUUAUCUUCAGUUGUUAUUAUCCUUUGCAUGUCUGUUAAGGGCAGUGUGGUUUAGUGGUUAAGACUAUAAAUUACACGAGGUUACACAUUCCAGCAUCACCACGCUGCCAAGGUUGCAUCAUUGAGCAAGACCCUUUAACCAUCUGUCCAGUUGUGCAGCAGCAAAAAUGUAAUGCUUUCAGAGAAUGUGUUUACUGAAAUUCCUUGCUUAGUACCACAUGCUGAGAUUGUAAAAUAUUUCAUGUAAUUAAGGUACACUGUAUGGACAAAAGUACUGGGACACCUGACUUUCCAGCCAUAUGUGGUUCUUCAAAAUGUUACCACAAAGAAUAUCGCUGUGCAUAAAGUGAGCUCCCUGAAGAGAUAGUGUACAUUGGUUGGAGUGGAUUAAGACUGGCCUGCUAUAGAGGCCAGACCUCAACCCUAGUGAACACCUUUGGGAUGAAUUGGAACACUGACUUCAGCCCAUCGUCUCCUCACCCUACAACAGUACCUGACUUUACUAACACCCUUGUGGCUGAAUGAGCACAAAUCUCCGCAAGCACACUCCAAAAUCUAAUGCACAUCUUCCUCGAAGAGUUUCGAUUAUAUAACAGCAAAUGUGGAACAGAACGUUUAGAAAGUACAUAUCAAUUUUAUGGUCGGGUGUCCACAAAUGUUUGGCCCUAUAUGUUUAUGGUCACUUAUUUGCUCGUUGAAAAGAAGUAUGAAAAGAUGUUUGUAUGCAGGUAACCGUUUUUCCAUGUUUGAGCCUGAAGAGAAGUUCAUUUUAUUUUAUUUUAUUUGUGAUAAAAAAUAUAAAUACUACAUAUCAUGUAA